AUGUACUUGAGUUUUCAAAACAAUUCAUUUUGGGAAAGCCUGCACUUAAAAAAUGGGCUUGAAGACUGGGAUAUAGGAGAGGAGCUCAAACUCACCAUCACUACUGAAGAGUCUCUGCAAGGUCUACCAGCUCCUGAUGAGACCCCACGCCAUCUCAUGCUGCAGUGGCACGCUGACCCCCUGGCACAUGAGUGCUUGGUGCCAGGGACACGACCAGAUGCCAGGGAACCUGGCAUUAAACCCCAACUGUGGACAUGGGUAAACCCCAGCCUAGUCUGCCCCAUCCCUGGGAGCCCUAGCAUGGACCCAAACAGAUCCAAGAGCCCGGUGGCCUCAGUCCCUGAUGCCAUGGAAACCUCCCCUAUGAAUGCAUCCUGGGGCUACUUGGACUCGGACUGCUCCAAGGAGGAUGUCCAGCCAUCCUCCAGCGAGGCUGGAAAGCUUACUGAAGAUGAAGAUGCUUCCCCCAUGGACACCCCAGCUCCACAGGAGAUCCUGGAAACUCAGGAACCCAAGAAGAUGCUGAUGCCUCAGACAUCUGAAGUCCUCAGACCUCAGAGCAAGAAGCUCAAGUGCCGCAAGCAAACAAACAACAAAACUGAGGGAGGCUGGCCCCGUCCCCCCCUGAAUUACUGCCUCCUCAUCACCCUUGCCCUGCGCAACAGUGGAAGUGGCAGUCUGACUGUACAGCAGAUCUACGAGUUCACACGGCAGCACUUCCCAUUUUUUGAAACGGCCCCACAGGGCUGGAAAAACACGAUCAGACACAACCUGUGCCUCCGAAGCUGCUUUAAGAAAACCACUGGCUUUGUGUGUGGCAACAAAAACCGCAAGUCUUGCCUGUGGAGACUGACUCCAGAAGGAUGCAGAAAGUUUCAGAUGGAGACACAGGCUCUGCCUGAAGAGGACCUUGUCUUGGUGUGCCAAAGCAUGAGCAAUCCAGAUCUCAUGAGAUCCCUCUUUGGCCUGUGA